CAGUGCAGUAUACAGUAUACAACUACAAGGCAGUGAUACGGCAAAGCAGCCUUUCUGAAAUUCCCGAUAGAAUAUAAAGAAAGUUUAAAAAAGGAAGAGGAUAGGACAUAAUCAUGAGGGUUUAUGCUGUGAUAUUCAUGUUGGCAGUAGUGCCUGCCUUUGUGGUCGGUGAUACGCCGGCAAAUUGCACGUACGAAGACGUCGCCGGGGAAUGGAUUUUCGAGGUCAGCGGUUAUGGCGGUGACAACAAAAUUGAUUGCACAAAGCCAGGUCCUGUGACAUACAAGUUGCAUGUGCAGUUGCUUUUCCCAGAUGUGGCAGUUGAUGUCCAGUAUGGUACCAAAGGAUUCUGGACUCUGAUUUACAACCAGGGUUUUGAGGUUGUGCUCAACAAUAGGAAGUACUUUGCUUUCUCAGAAUACACUCAACAAGGAAGCCAGGUUACCAUGAAUUGCUCUCAGACCCUCCCUGGUUGGUCACACAAUGUAAUUGGGUCUGACUGGGCUUGCUAUGUAGGCAGCAAGGUGGGUCCAUCAAAGGUACACACUGUCAGGAAAGAAAGGCGUCCAGAUUUCAGCCAGAUGAUGUACAGAAACGAUAAGAAGAUGGUAGAGAAGAUCAACAGAGCUCAGAAAUCCUGGAAUGCAACCAUCUAUCCCGAGCAUGAGAUGUAUACUGUGGAAGAUAUGCGGAGGAGAGCAGGUGCCAUGAAUGGCUUAGGAUCCUCCAGACCUCACCCUGCACCUGUCACAGCAGAGGCAUCAAAGGCAGCAUUCUCACUGCCGGAGUCCUUUGACUGGAGGGAUCUCAACGGUCAGAACUUUGUAUCACCAGUCAGAAACCAGGCUCAGUGUGGAAGUUGCUUCUCCUUUGCUGCCCUGGCGAUGCUGGAAGCGAGACUGCGCAUAGCGACCAACAACACGGUCCAGAAAGUGUUUGCACCUCAGGAUGUGGUGGACUGCAGUGAAUAUGCACAGGGAUGUGAAGGAGGGUUUCCCUAUCUAAUAGCCGGUAAGUAUGCAGAGGAUUUUGGUGUGGUGGAGGAAUCGUGUUACCCUUAUCAAGGAGUUGAUUCGGCUUGCAGCAAGGAGCAGCCUGGAUGCCGCAGAUACUAUGCCACCAACUACCAGUACAUCGGGGGCUUCUACGGGGCCUGCAACGAAGAGCUCAUGCGCCUCGCCCUGGUCAACAACGGCCCAAUCGCCGUCGGUUUUCAGGUCUAUGGGGACUUCAUGAGCUAUAAAGGGGGCGUGUAUCACCACACUGGAGUCAAGAACUCCAUGCUGAAGUUUGACCCCUUUGAGCUGACCAACCAUGCCGUGCUGGUGGUCGGGUAUGGGGUGGAUGAGGCAUCGGGGAUGAGUUUCUGGACUGUGAAGAACAGCUGGGGUACUGGAUGGGGUGAAGGGGGUUACUUCAGGAUCCUAAGGGGUACCGAUGAGUGUGGUAUUGAGAGUAUGGCCAUGCAGUCAUUCCCUGUCUUUCCAUGAUUUUCAUAAUUCUGCAUUUUAGUCUUUGAAUGAAAUAGGGAUAUUUUUUAUAUGGUAUCAAUGAUAUUGAAAAUGAUUGAAUUUAAUUAAAGUAUAUUGAUAAAAAUACUGUUAUUUCUAUCACAAAAUUCAUGUUUUCAGUGCCUGUUGUCUCUUACCUCUUUAUGAUGUUAAAAUUCUACUUUAUAGAAUGUAUGCAUGUAUAGUAAUCUAUGGAUAUUGCAUUCAAGUCUUUCUCAAAGCCUUACAUUUCUAGGUAUAAUCUUUUUUAAGGUUCUUUCUACCAUUGUCACUGUACUUAAUUAUGAAUGAUAGCCAUUUUGUGCCAAGGAAUCUAUCAUGAGGUUGACAAAAUGAUGUAAAUACUUUGUAUCCCAAAAAUAUAUGUAUAUAGCACUGUCUCCUCUAAAUGAAUACUUACUUACUUUUAUAAUGUAUGUUCAUGAUUUUCGAUGUCAAUCAAGUUUCUAGAUAUUAAUAUUAUUCUCUGAUUUGGAGUUGAGUACAAGAUUAAGAACAUGCACCUGUAUGCUAGUGUGGUCAUUGAAUUUAAGUUCAUAUACAUGUACAAUGAAUAUCUAGUUUGAAGCAAAGAAAGGAAUGGUGAUUAUGACUAGUAAAUAAUCUCUCGAGUACCAAUCACAUCAAAUGGGGGAUGCUGGGAAUAUAUUUGUUUGUAUCAUUUGAAAUAUAUAUAUUUUUUUAAUCAGUACUAUAUUGUACCUUUCACUUCACUCAUGUAAAAUGUCCUCAAUCUAUUCAGCUUAUGUUCUCAGGAAACAUUUAUGCUCUCUUACCUUAAUUUACACAAUUUGAAGAUACAAACGAGUUACAAGGAAGAACAUAGUCCAGAUUACUCUUGCUUUUUUGGUUUGAUCAACAUAAUUCACUUUAGACUACUCCUAACUUUCUCAUUUGAUAAAUUUAUUCAAUCCAAAAUGUCCUAUUUUUCUGGUUUAAGCAAUAUGUUCAUCCCAAAUUGUUCCUGUCUUUCUCGUUGAUAAACAUGUGCAAUCCGGAUUAUUCCCAUCUUGCCAAUGUGGUUCACCCUUACCUAGUUUGUUUGAGGCUCAUUCAAUACUGAAAUCAUAUUCUGAGGCUUUUACAUUGUACAUGACAUGUUUGCCUGUUACUGCUGCAUUGUUUGUAAUCCAUAUCAACCUCUUAUUGACAUAGAUAGUAAAAUAAAUAUAGACAAUCUAUUAUGCAACCCUUUGCAACAAAGCUUGAUCCUUCAAAUAUGUACAUGGUAUGGAAAUACAUUUUUCAUGAAAUCAGUGAAAAAGAAAACUGUUGUAUUCUAAAGACAACAAAUAAUUUUAGAUUGUGGAUGUAGGCAUGUAUGCAAUUAUUGUGAUAUACAUGAAUGUCAGAAUUAUUCCUUAUUGACUAUAGAUUUUAAGAGUUUUCAGAUGUCUAUUGCCAAGUGGUUUUCAUUUUGAGUAAUCUGAUUGUUUCACUGAUUAAACAUGAUGUGUAUGCCAUAUCUAAUGAUAGAAAUUAAAAGAAAAACAAAUGA